GUUUUGACUAUCCAUUGGUUUUUCACUUUUUCGUUUGUAUCCUCCGAUUCUCCAAAUUUUACGUCUCUGAUGUUUCUCUGAUCCUUGUCAAAUCCAGAUGGUGAGAAACCCUUUAUCCAAGAGUGCCAACAAAUACCUCAGAAAAUUCAGAAAAUGGCCACACUCUCCUUACAAGACCUCAUGGCACCACACCUUUGGAGAACAACAAGCCAUGCAAAUCCUCAAACAAGCAACCCUUGAAAUGGGUUCUCCCCACUUACCCCAAACACAAAACCUUCACCACCCUUUUCUCCUUUCCACUCUCCUUGACUCCUUCAAAGCAUACAGCACUGCCCCAACUCCAAAAGCUUACUACUUUCUCAUCAAAACCCUAACAAGCACCUCCCAGUUACAGGACAUUGCUCCUGUUCUGGACCACCUUGAACACUCGGAGAAGUUUGAGACACCAGAGCUUAUCUUUGUGCACCUUAUUAGGUUCUAUGGUCUUGGUGACAGGGUCCAAGAUGCUGUUGAUUUGUUUUCCAGGAUCCCCAGGUUCAGGUGCACACCAACUGUUUGCUCAUUGAACCUGCUUCUCUCACUGCUUUGUAGGAAGAGAGAGUGCCUCAAAAUGGUUCCCCAGGUCUUGCUGAAGAGCCAACACAUGAACAUUCGGGUCGAGGGAUCGACGUUUCGGGUUUUGAUCAAGGCCUUGUGUAGAAUUAAGAGGGUGGAUUAUGCCGUUAAGAUAAUGAGUUGUAUGAUGGAAGAUGGGUAUGGUUUGGAUGAGAAGAUAUGUUCUUUGAUAAUUUCAUCAUUGUGUGAGCAAAAGGAUUUGACUAGUGUUGAGGCCUUGGUUGUUUGGAGGGAUAUGAGGAGACUAGGAUUUUGUCCUGGGGUUAUGGAUUAUACGAACAUGAUUAGGUUCUUGGUGAAGGAAGGGAGGGGUAUGGCUGCUUUGGACAUUAUGAACCAGCAGAAAGAAGAUGGAAUUAAACCUGAUGUUGUUUGUUAUACUAUGGUGUUGAGUGGGAUUGUGGCAGAAGGGGAGUAUGGGAAGUUGGAAGAACUGUUUGAUGAAAUGCUUGUUAUUGGACUCGUUCCUGAUGUUUAUACUUACAAUGUGUAUGUAAAUGGUUUGUGCAAGCAGAACAAUGUGGAUGAGGCACUUAAGAUUGUUUCUUCUAUGGAGGAGUUAGGAUGCAAACCGAAUGUGGUUACUUACAACACUUUAUUGGGUGCUUUGUGUGUGGCAGGGGAUUUAGGUAAGGCAAAGGGGCUAAUGAAGGAGAUGGGGUGGAAGGGUGUUGGGCUCAACUUGCAUACAUAUAGGAUCUUGCUUGAUGGUUUGGUUGGGAAAGGUGAGAUUGGUGAAGCUUGUCUUUUGUUGGAGGAAAUGUUGGAGAAGUGUUUGUUUCCUAGAGCUUCAACAUUUGAUAACAUCAUAUUUCAGAUGUGCCAAAAGGGCUUGAUUGCUGAAGCGAUGGAAUUGACCCAGAAAAUUGUUGCAAAAAGUUUUGUUCCUGGGGCCAGGGCUUGGGAGUCACUGCUUCUUAACUCGGGAUCUGGCAUUGGGUAUUCAGAAACCACAUUUUCUGCCUUGUUGGGCCCAAAUUAAUCUCAGUUGUCAAACUGGCCCGUGUAAAGGAUCUGAUAUUGAAAUUAUUUAGGCUCUCUUAUAGAUUUAAGAGUUAAACCAACAGCAAUUUCUUUUUUUUCUUUCCACAAUUACAAUAACAGUAAUAGAGUUCAAAAAAUACUAGUGUAUUAGAUUUGGACGAAUAAUGUUAAGAAAAUGAUCAUGUUUUUAGUGAAUUUAGAAUAUUGUAUAGUAAAAUAUUUUGUUGGGGGUAAUGUAUUUAGAAAUUAUUUAGAAUUUUAAUAUUUUUGUCAGGUAUUUUAAUUAACUUAAAUUAUAAAAUUUCAAAUUUCAUAAAAGAAUUUGAAAUUCCUCAACUUUCUGUGUUUCCUCUCGCAGUUCGUU